AGACUGUGUCGCACAUGACAACAGGUGCAGUUUGUCUGACAAAACAAGGAAAGACCCAAGGUGAACUUCCUGUUCCUACCUUAGACAUUUACAGACAUUAGAAGAGUGGAGGAGACCUCACUCUUACCUGUUGAUCUGUCAACAGUCUUUACUGCACACCUCGUUUCACUUCAGCCUCUGAGGAGCUUGUUCCUCAUCUGUUAUCUGUACAGAACCCAAACCCUGCGGCCAUGCCUGCUCCUGGUGUGUGUCUGAACAUUAUCGAAGCUCGUCAAAAGCACGAUGGGUACGGGAGCUUCGCCCAACCUGACAAAUUCUUCAACCAAGACUACAAGCAGCUGACAGAGUACUGCAAAAUCCGGGGAUUGAGGUUUAUUGAUGAGACCUUCCCUCCAGACAAAAACUCAAUUGGAGAAGGAAUACUGAAGCCUUCAGAUCUGGCCCGAGUGGAGUGGCUGAGGCCAGCGAAAAUUGCUCCUAAACCAUCCCUUGUAGUCGACGGAAUCUCCAGGUUUGACUUUGGUCAAGGACAAAUAGGAAACUGCUGGCUGCUUGCAUCUAUCGGCGCUCUCACGUUCCAGAAACAAAUCUUGAAGCAGGUUGUCCCUCUUGAGCAGCUUUUUGACAAGGACUACUGUGGGAUAUUCCACUUUAGGUUCUGGAGAUUUGGCAGGUGGGUGGAUGUCGUCAUUGAUGACAAACUACCCACAAUCAACGGCCAACUAAUCUUUGUUCGUUCCAAAGAUGUGAAUGAGUUCUGGCCUGCUUUGUUGGAGAAAGCCUAUGCUAAGGUGUGUGGCUCGUACACGGAUAUGAAUGCCGGAACUCCUGCCGAGGCUUUGAUGGACUUUACUGGUGGCGUCCACAUCUCCAUCCAGCUGUUGGAUCCUCCUUCGGACCUAUGGGAACUGAUGCUCAGAGCUGGCAAAUUUAGAUCCCUCAUGUGUUGUGGCACCAAACAAGGGGAGAUGUCUGCAAACACUGUGUUACCAAACGGACUGGUUGCAGGACAUGCCUAUACUAUCACUGGGGUCAUAGAGUUGAUGUGCCAAGGAAAACUAGAGAACCUGGUGCGUUUGUGGAACCCCUGGGGCAAAAAAGAGUGGAAUGGAGACUGGAGUGAUAAGUCACCCCUGUGGAAUACUGUGAGUCCUGAAGAUCGGGAGAGGUGCCUUUCAGUGGAUGAUGACGGAGAGUUUUGGAUGACGAUGGGAGACUUCUGUAAGAACUACCUGGAUCUUGACAUCUGCUGCCUGAGUUCUGAGGUGCUUGAUAGAAACUCCUCCACAUGGAAAACCUCUAUGUAUGAAGGCAGAUGGGUUGCAGGAACCACUGCAGGGGGAUGCUUGAACAAUCCAGAGAGUUUCUGGACUAACCCACAGUAUCGGGUCAAGAUUUACAAUGAAGAUAAGGAGAGCGUCAGCGAAAAAAAUGUACUGGUGUCUCUGAUGCAGAAGCCUGACAAAAGGAACAGACGCAUGGUUAAAAACCUCCACAUUGGAUUUUCUAUAUUCGAGCUCACCGAACAAAAUCAGGCAAUGAAGGGGAAGUUUCCCGCCUCUUUCUUCAGUACCAAUGCGCCUGUAGCCCAGUCUAAAACCUUCAUAAAUGCACGGGAUGUGAUGGCGUUCUUGACUCUAAAGUCUGGUGAAUACCUGAUUGUGCCGUCGACCUUCAAAUCCAACGAGACCGCCUCCUUCAUCCUGACCAUCGUCUCCAAAGAGGAGAGCCACGGCUAUGAGAAUUCUGGUCACUAUAAUGGGAGAACUGAAAAGGUUAAAGAGGCCAAAAAUGAAAAGGAAGACGAAAAUAGGAAAAGCCUUUUCCGCCAGUACUCUGAUGUGAAUGAAGAAGUGGAUGCUGAGAAGCUCCAGCGGCUCCUGAAUGACAAUAUCCUCAAAGGAGACUUAAAGAAUGGAGGCUUCACCAUAGAUGCCUGCCGCAGUAUGGUCGCUCUGAUGGACACGUCAAUCACAGGCAAACUGAACACUGAAGAAUUCGUUCGUCUGUGGAAGAAAGUCAACAUAUUCAAGGACAUUUUCUUCCAGACUGAUGUUUCAAAAACAGGAACACUGUCACUGAGUGAACUGAGGAAUGCAAUUGUGGCUUCAGGAAUGCAGGUCAGUGAUGACAUGCUGAAUUUGAUGGCUCUGCGUUACGGUGCUUCUUCUGGACACAUGACGCUGGAGAGCUUCAUCGUCCUCAUCCUCCGCCUGGACUGCAUGUACAAAAUAUUCAAGAAGUUGUCAAAUGGAAAUGGAAUGACACUUCGAGAGUCAGAGUGGCUGUACAUUUCAAUGUACACGUAAGCAGAAGGAUGAGUGCACAGUCAACCUGCUAAAUAAAUCAGACCAGUAUUCUGCAAAUGAGCCACUAUAAAGCAUAAAGUGUAAGACACAGCAUAACAUAACAUAGCAUUGUAUAACAAAACAUAGCAUAACAUAACAUCAUGGCAUGGCAGAGCAUAAAAUAACAUUGCAUAGUAUAACAUGACAUAACAUAGCGUAGCACAGCAGAACAGAACACUUGCUGACCUGAUAUGACAUAAUGCAUUUUUGCUUUAAAAAAAGACAGAAAGACAGUUUAAUGUAUUAAAUACAUUCACUUUCGCUACUAAAAUUAGCAUGGGCUACAGAACCUUAUAGACAGUUUUCUGCAGCGUUUGUUAAAAACACAAAACAAAAUAGCUAAAAAAAAUACAAUCAAAAUAAAACUAUUUGAGAAUGUUUAUGUCUAUGUAGGUUAUCGUCACUUGUUGGUUGAAGGCUUGCCAUCUUUGUCACCCUCCUCUUGCUCAACACCUUCUGUGCAAUUAUUAUUUGUUUUAUCACUAAUAGUUACUGAUUAAACAAAUACCUUUUCCAAGGAACGUUCAGAUCUCAAUCCAAAAUGUAUUACUUCCGUGUAAUUCCCCAGAGAUUUCAAGGAUCCUUUAAUUGUAUAUACAUAAUAAAGUGCAGCGGCUGAAUCAUCCACGAAGACUGUUUCAUUUGUUUAUGAGGAAAUAUUAUGAGACAGUCAUUCUAUAAGUUUUUCUUUGUGCCUGAACUAAAGACCAACUCAAGAAGAACAGGAUUUAUUGUGUAAAAAUAAAUGUGGAUGCUCAUUGAAAUUUAAUGUGAACUGAAAUAGGAAAAGUCUGUAUUGGGUUAGAAAUGGGUGUGAGAAAACCACAGUAUAUGGGUCACCUUUAUGAACUGUACUUCACCUGUUCCUGAGUCAAUAUUCUGACAUAAAAUUGAAUGCGUCUGAGCACAGAUCAUGUGUAAUUCUGUAUUUGUGCAGUAAAACAUGCAUGUUUAGUGUUGGAAUAGAAUCAUAGAAUUUAUUUUGUGUAUGCUGUGUUGCAUGAAUAACUUCAAUAACCUC